AUGGAUUACGACCCUAUGGUAAUGGACCAGGAGUCCUCGGGACCUCAAGUCAAGAUCACAGAGGCUGGUUCACAUCACGUCGACUUUGAAUUAUCCAAUGUAGACCUCUCCUUUGCAAACUCCCUCCGUCGAACAAUUCUCUCAGAAGUUCCAACCAUUGCUAUCGAUCGGGUACAAAUAGAAGCCAAUACGUCAGUUCUAGCAGAUGAAUUCAUCGCCCAUCGACUCGGUCUCAUCCCACUGAACUCCAAAAACUGUGAUGAUGUUAUUUACACUAGAGAUUGCGAUUGCGAUGGAAACUGUGAACUUUGCAGUGUUACACUUACCCUUCACGCGAGAUGUACGGGAGAUGAAAUUAUGAAAGUUUAUGCUCGCGAUUUGGUGGUAGAUCCUCAACGUGCUAAUAAAUGGGUUGGGAAUCCUGUCAUCACUGAUCCCGAUGGACUUGGACCGGUCAUUGCCAAAUUGAGAAAGGGACAGGAGUUACGCAUGAAGUGCAUAGCCUUGAAGGGUAUCGCAAAGGAACACGCUAAAUGGGCACCUACAGCUGCUGUCGGCUUUGAAUAUGAUCCACAUAACAAAUUGAAGCAUAUCGAUUUGUGGUAUGAACAUGAUGCCGCAAAGGAAUGGCCUAAAAGUAAAUAUGCGGAUUGGGAAGAACCGCCUCAAGAAGGUGCCCCAUUUGAUUACGACGCCGUACCAAAUAACUUUUAUUUUGAAGUCGAAUCUAUUGGUAAUCUAGAGCCUGAUGCCAUUAUUCAACAAGGUAUCAAGGUCAUGCAACAAAAAUUGGCUGCGGUCCUUCAGGAUCUUACCGAGGGUGAUGGACAGGCUAAUGGUGGAUAUGAUGCACCUCAAAGUCCGGAUGUCGGUAUGAAUGGCCAAGGUUGGCAGGACGCAGGUUAUACUACACCAUAUGGGGGUGGUAAUGCUUGGAGUGGUGCAGGUGGUGCAGCUACUCCGUAUGGUGCAACUCCUUAUGGUCAAAAUGGUCAAAAUGGGUGGUAG